AUGGCCUGCAACGAUAUCUGCCGCCCCUGCGGACCCACCCCGCUGGCUAACAGCUGCAACGAGCCCUGUGUCAGGCAGUGCGAGGACUCCCGCGUCGUCAUCCAGCCUUCCACCGUGGUGGUCACCCUGCCAGGACCCCAGAGCCCCGCCGCCGGAUCCUCCUCACCCGCUGCCGUGGGCAACGUCCUCAGUGCCCAGGGAGUGCCCGUGUCCUCUGGGGGCUUCGGCUAUGGCUAUGGCUACGGCUUAGGAGGCCUGGGCUGCUACGGCGGCAGAUGGGGCUGCUACCCCUGCUAA